AUGGGUAGAGAAUCAGACGAUGCAAUCCCUCAAGAAUAUCCAUACCUUUGGUCCAAGGAGUCAAGCAUAGCUUUACCAGACUUUUUGACGAAGUAUAAACCAUCCAUGGUCCAGAACGACGGCACAAAACCGUGGAUAUGGGUUGAGGGAACCAAACCAAGCCCGGAUACACCUAGUGCAGCAGCUGCCAUCAGCGAAGCUGCAGCACUGCUGAAGGAAGUGUCGCAGAGAGUUGAAGACAUUAAGAAUGAUGAUUCAAUCCCUAUGCGCUCCAGCAAAAAGACAGGAGCGAAGAGCAAGAAGGAAGUUCGUGAGAAGGUACAAGCAGAUGCUACCGAGAAACUGAAGGAAAUAUCCAUCAAGCACAACUAUGUUUGCGGAAAGUGGUUGAUAUUCGCUUCUGCAGACAAAGUGGACGCAAUAUGGUCCAAAAUUGCUACAUCUCUUGCCUCUGGCGUUCUUGCGUCGACCUGCGCAUUUCUGACGAAAGUAGCCACAUCACCAGCGAACGAGACACCAAAUCAUCAACACGUCAUCUGUCUCUAUGUUCCAGAUGUUUGCGACAAAGCUGCUGUCACGGAUGUAAUGAAAGUUCUCUUGAGAUACCACGGCGUCAAUCUCAGUGGCGUAAAAUCGGAUCUAUACACAGGAUUAGGUCUCGAUAGCAAACACUCAAGCGGAAUUCCAUCAACAGUUUGGAAAAAUACUGCACUGCUCGCAGAUUCUGAGAUCAAGGACCUCAAAGAUGCCUAUUUCUCGGAGCUGAAUGUUGCUUCAACUCCUGCAGCGAAAUCGGAAGAAAAGAAAGGGAAGUCUCUCGCCGAUACAAAGAAAAAACCCAUUCCCAAGAAGAAAGUCCAAGAAGACGAUCCCUUCGCAUCUGAGGAUGAGGCUGAUGCUCAAGAAGCGGAACGGAAGCAAAAUGUUCAAGCAAAGACGAAAUCGGCAAAGAGAUCCCAAUCAAGCGUUAUGGAUGCGGACGCAGACGAGAGUGACAAGCCGAAAACGAAGAAGAAGAAGAGUACACGGUGA